AUCCAAUACAUCUCUCCCAUCUCAAACUCCUCUGAUCAUUUGGAUUCAGGCAGAGAUGGUUUAGCUGCUGCUUCCACCUACCCACUUGUUAUUGAAUCUUAAGGGACUUUGUCUUGACGCCUCAAGCCAUUGUACUUCUCUGCAUUGAUAACUAGAUCUAGCUGUAAUGUGGACAACUUAAAGGUCAACAGUAUAAAGUAUGUGGUGCCAUAGGUUGACGCAUCUAUUCUCCAGCACCCGGUGCCUGCUGAAUAGAGGCAGUGGACACCAAAUAUCAUGGCAGCCCCGUUACAGAAAGAGCCUCCCUGCUGUAUCCCGUUGGCACCAUAUGGCCCCAGCAUCUCUGAACUGUGCCUGGCAAUUACAUGGUGAUCAUUUAGAGCUCAGGUAUGCAGAGACCCUGAUGCGUUUUGAUUACGUGUGGCUGCGUGAUCACUGCCGCUCAGCAUCCUGCUACAACACCAAGACCAACCAGCGCAGCCUAGAUACAGCUAGUGUGGAUCUGUGCAUCAAACCAAAGACUGUCCGAGUGGAUGAGACCACGCUCUUUCUAACAUGGCCAGAUGGUCAUGUGACCAGGUAUGGGUUAGAGUGGCUGGUGAAGAACAGCUAUGAGGGUCAGAAGCAGCAGGUCAUGCAUCCUCGAAUUCUCUGGAAUGCUGAGAUCUAUCAGCAAGCCCAGGUACCCUCCGUGGACUGCCAGAACUUCCUGGAGACAAAAGAGGGGCUGAAAGAAUUCCUACAAAACUUCCUGCUGUAUGGCAUUGCUUUUGUAGAAAACGUCCCCCCAACCAAAGAGGACACGGAAAUCUUAGCAGAGAGGAUCAGCUUGAUCAGGGAGACCAUCUAUGGUAGAAUGUGGUAUUUCACCUCUGACUUCUCCCGGGGAGACACAGCAUACACAAAACUGGCUCUGGAUCGUCACACUGACACCACCUAUUUCCAGGAGCCCUGUGGUAUCCAGGUGUUCCACUGCCUCAAGCACGAAGGGACAGGUGGCAGGACGCUGCUGGUGGAUGGCUUCUACGCAGCAGAGCAGGUUCUCCAGCGAGCUCCUGAAGAAUUUGAGCUCCUCACCAAGGUGCCGCUGAAACAUGAGUACAUUGAGAAUGUUAUGGGCUGUCACAACCACAUGAUUGGGGUUGGGCCAGUUUUGAAUAUCUACCCCUGGAACAAUGAACUCUAUUUGCUCAGGUACAAUAACUACGACCGAGCAGUCAUCAACACAGUACCUUAUGAUGUUGUGCAUCGCUGGUAUGCUGCGCAUCGCACACUCACCACAGAGCUACGGAGACCAGAAAAUGAACUCUGGGUCAAACUGAAGCCAGGCAAGGCGCUGUUUGUGGAUAACUGGCGCAUCCUGCAUGGGCGGGAAUCAUUCACGGGAUACCGCCAGCUCUGUGGGUGCUACCUGACGAGAGAUGACAUGCUAAAUACUGCACGCUUCCUGGGGCUGCAAGCUUAACAUAGACUGUCAGCAGCAGAGAGACAGCAAAACCUGUCAGCUACAGUGCUCCUGGAACUUUGUGUCACCAGAAUGAACAUGUUUUAUAUACCUCAAACACUCUCAUCCCUGCCAAAUAGUUCUUGGUGCCUGGGGGAAUGGGCAGGAGGUAAGGGUCACCAGAGCUUUACCUGAUUGUCAGCUAUGGUGCAGAGGGGGAGACCUCUCUUGCUCCCCACCCCCAUGGCCUUCAGCACAGGCUGACUCAGCUUGAGAAGGAAGAAGCCAAGGAGCUGAGUUGCAGCUGGAAAUGCUCACGCACACCAGCUGAUGCAAAAUUCCAAUCAAGUGCCUUCUGGAUUUUAAAUGAGGUGACAAAGCCCUCACCUUCCCCUAGGUGUUUUGGCAGCAGCCUUCCAGGAUUUGUUGCACAUGGUAGGCUGGAGUAGCUAUUUGCCUUGUUUUGACCCUGAGCUAGACCUUUUUCCAGCUAGAGAGAGAACAAGAGAAACUCUUUGGUCCUGCUUGAAGUAAUGCAAACACCAAGUUACUCCAGUAUGAGUUUCUCUUCUCUUUCCUGCUCCUUUAACACCUCCCCUGCCCCCACCUGUGUGCAUGCAUUUCAGGGCAGAUACAAUGUCAUCCUUCUCCAGUCAUUGAAGGCAAACUGUGCUGACUGACCCAAAUGGAUCAGCCGGAGAUCUGUGCGGAAGGAGGAGAAGUGAGAAAGAUCUGGGAGGGAACAAGGCGCGGUUCAUCAGGCAGCAGUGCAAGGCAAGGGCAGUAUAUCCCACACCCCUCCUUGGCUUGAGCAGCAGCAGGCUUGUCUCCACAGUUCCCUUACUUGGUCAGAGCUUCCCUGCACUUGUUUCUUGCAGACUUGCUGCUUGGGCCUUUCUGUUCUCUCUGCCUAAGGGCUACAGGCUUUAUCUGAGAAGGAGUGGAAUUCAUUAAUUCCUUCACAGCCUGGGGGAUGUUUUGUCAGGAUUUUGUUGGAAUGGCAGUGAUGUUUGCACAUGGAAAAGUGUUACCAGAUUUCCUGAGUCCAAAUCUCUGUAUUUCAAAGAGCAGCACUGUGAAUAACACAGCCAGUGACACUCCAUCUUCUCUCCAGUGGGGCCAGCUGCUCCCAGCAGCACUUGUUACUAGGUAAGGCUCUGCUACUUCAGGAAGCUCAAAUACCCAGGACUCAGACUAGAGCAAGAGAGAAAUUGCUUCAAGGUUAUUGAUGAGAGACUGGAGUGAAACCUGUGCCUUUCUGAUAGGGAACAGGGGUAUGGUAGGUGCAAGCUCCUCUGGACCCAGCAGACUGAACAGAUGGGGGACACCAAUCUACCCAGGAGCAACUCUGCUGGAAACUGAACCCUCCUCCCUAACUUGCCGGAAGUGACUAUACACUUUCCAGUAUAACGAUAUGGUCCUGGUUUGUUUUCCGCUUGAAGCACAUGGUGGGGAAAGCUACCAGGAAUGUGUAAGCUGCUGAAACAUAUUUUCCUGCAUGUCCUUUUCAACUUCUCUUAACCUCCCUUCCCAGCAACAAAGGUGGAGGGGAGAGAAUUUGGUUUAACCUUCCUCACCACCCUUCCCCAGAUCUUAAGAAGUUGGAAUUUCUUCUGAGCAACUUGCUGGAGUCAAGUAUUAUUUGGGGAAACAGUAUUUCUUAGUCACACACUAGCAAUUUGUCAAAUCUAUGCAUUUGUCUGAACGCCAUGUCUGGGACAGUCUGUUCACAAUGAUGUUCUUCGAUCAGUCUUUGUACUCAAGCUUUUCAAACUCACUUUUGGCUAAUAAAAUAGGAAUUGCUUCUUUUUUCACCACAGUGAGUUGGAGGCUCAGGUCUGUGAGUGCGUGAGUAUGGGACUUAAUCCCUCACCUGCGUUACACUGAUCCUGCCAUUACAAGUGCUCUGUUACAUCAAGCUGGUCCUCAGUCCAAACUUCUCCAGGGUUUUUCUCCUCCCAAGGAUGUUAAAUUUCCAAGAGUGACUUGGUCUUGGUAAACUUUUUUUUUUUUUUUUUUGGGGGGGAGGGGGGUAAUUUUCCUCUUUGCCUGAAACACAACGUAAAGAUGCCAGAUUGUGAUAUCUUUUCAUGGAGUAGUACCUACUCUAGAAGUAGUCCCAUUGAAACUAAUGUAAGGUGUGACACAUGCAAUGCUUUGGAAGCAAUAUAAUAAUUUUUGAUUAGUCCUUGAGAUGUGAUGUACUAUGGGUGCCUGAAAUAUUCAGAUUGUUGUAUCAAAUUCAUAAAGAUUAAUAGCUAUGGUUAUGGGCUGGCUAGGAAUUGUAUUCUUGGCUCAAUGGGGGAUGCUUCCUGCAGAAACUGAAGUCACUUGGGGGUUAUAAUGCAAAUCCCAGUACUGAAACAAUGCAGAUGCAUCUUUUUAAAUGCACAGCCAGGGGAAACAGCACCCAGAUUGAUGCAAUUUGGGUUAAAAGGCCUUUCCAGACACAGGACUUGAAAUGGUUCAAAAAUAUCAGCCCUGAGGAGAGUCACUCAUACUUCAGUCCAAGACCUGACAUGAGACUGACCAAGAGAGAGGGGGCCUGAAGUACUUUAGUUCUUUCAGUGUCUCCAUGGGGAGGAUGAGUGGCUGCCUAGUAAGUUGGUCCUGCAUAGAAGCAAUUGAUUGUAUUACUGAUGUGAUUUCUCUGUAAUGCUUUUGUUCUGAAUAUAUAGUACUUUGCUUA